AUGAAGGAAGGAAGGAAGGAAGGAAGCAAGGAAACGAGAAAGCGAGGGGGGAAGAAAGCGAGGAAGCAAGCAAGGAAGCAACUGAGGAGGAAAGGAAGGAAGGAACUGAGGGAGCAAGGAAGGAACGAUGCGAGUAAAGAAUUAAGCAGGGAAGCUAGCAACAAGGAAGGAAGGAAGCAAGCAAAGACGCAAAGAAAGGAAGGAAAAAAGCUAGGAAGUAAGGAAGGAAGGAAGAAGGCGAGAAUGCAAGGAAGCAAGGAGGGAAGAAAACAAGGAAGAAAUGAAGCGAGAAAAGAAGGACACGAGGAAAGAAUGAAGGAAACGAGGAAGCAAGGAAGGAGGAAAGGAAGAAGUGAGGAAGGAAGGAAGCAAGGAAGGAAAGAGGGAAGUGAGGAAGGAAAGAAGCGAUGAAGCAAGGAAAGAUGGAAGCGAGGAAGCAAGGAAGGAGGAAAGAUGGAAGCGAGGAAGCAAGAAAGGAAUGGAGCGAGAAAGGAAGGAGGCGAGGAAAAAAACGAAAGAAGCGAGGAAGCAAGGAAUGAGGAAAGAAGGAAGCGAGGAAGGAUGGAAAGAAGAAAGCGAGGAAUCAAGGAAGAAAACGAGGAAGCAUGGAAGGAGGGAAUGAAGCAAGGAAGGAAGGAAGAAAGGAAGGAAGUGAGGAAGAAAUUUGUGAAGGAAGCGAGGAAGCAAAGAAGGGGGAAAGAAGGGAGCGAGGAAGGAAAAAAGCAAGGAAGGAAGGAGGGAAACGAGGAAAGAAGGAAGCGAGGAAGCAAGGAAGGAAUGAAGCGAGGAAGGAAGGAAGCGAGGAAGCAAGGUAGGAAGGAAGUGAGGAAGGAAAGAUUGCGAGGAAGGAAGGACGCAAGGAAGCAAAGAAGGAAGGAAGGAAGCAAGGAAGGAAACGAGAAAGCGAGGAGGGAAGAAAGCGAGGAAGCAAGGAAGGAAAGAACUGAGGAAGAAAGAAAGGACGGAAGCGAAUUAACAAGGAAGGAACGAUUCGAGGAAGCAAGGAAGGGAGGAACUGAGGAAGCAAGGAAGGAAGCAAGGAAGGGAACGAGGAAGAAAGGAAGCCAGGAAGCAAAGAAGGAAGGAAACGAUGAAUCAAGGAAGGAAGGAAGGAAGGAAGCAAGCAAAGACGAAAGAAAGGAAAGAAGGAAAAAGCAAGGAAGGAAGUAA